CAACAAAACUCAACAGAUGUAGCUAGCGUUAAGGUAACGACACUGCAGUCUACCUGACGAUAGCUGGUAAACUGGGGGAAAGUAGCACAUGAGUGACAGCAGCACACCAUCCUGUGGGCAGAAAUGAGCCGUACGACUCCAGAGGCAGUGGGUCUUGACCCUGCCAUGCUGAGAGACCAACUCUUCGAGCUAUGGAACCGGAAAGAUAUGCAGACGCUACAUUUGGCAGCCAUCCAGGGAUUUUCAAAGCUGUCUGAGCCUCUGGAGGCUUUGCUAACAAUCCUGGAGGGCUGUCCAGGAAAACAAAAGGGUCGGAGCCUCACCCUCGGCCUUCACAUCCUAAUGGAAUUCCAAACAUGGAUGAAGGAACAUCCUCAGGCGCCUCUGAGCUCGCUCUUAGAACACCAGGCACUUCAGCAGCGAGCUCUGAGCUUAAUGACGGAUACCCAGUCCAGCUUUGUAGAGAAUCUCAUUCUCAUCUACGAACUCGAUUCCAUGGAUCCAGCCAUUCUCCGAUCGAACAUUAUGAAGCUGCAGGCUCUCCACUGCUACAAAGAGGCAGCAGUGCUCAGCAUUAAGCUGAAGUUGCAGAAAGAACUCAAUAUGGAGGAGAUGUGUGUACCACUAAUCUUGCAAGAUAAGUUGCCCAUGGCAGAGUCCUUCGUCACAGGCCACAAUGAUCUAGAACAACAACUGGUCACACUGCUAGACUCGUGGUGCCACCCCUACUUCAAUGAGGAAGCGAUAUACAAGCGGUACCCUCACUUCUCUGUAACCAAACGGGGCAUGAGCCAGAUCCAGCCCAAAAUGCUCACAAAACACGUCUUCAGACUCGUGGAGAAAUUCCACAUCGACCAAGGUCUGUGUCCCAACGCUCUGCACAAGAGGAGAUUGGACUCUUUACGUUUCCUCAUGUACAAGAGGUUUGUGGAGAAAGGCAUGACCGAUGAGAACUGGAGUGACCAUGUCCAGUACGUCGUGGCAGAUGACUUUGAGCUGCAGAUCCAGUUGGUGGAGAUGUUGAUGAAGUAUUGUGGUCUUCAUAAAGCCUGUCAGUGGUCACUGAGAUACAACAUCCCCAAAAAUCGACUUCCCUGGUCCAUAUGGGAAAUGCAGCAGAGUCUACCGCCUGAGCAACAACAGAUUGGUCCCAGCGGUUCAGCAAAACCUGAGGAGUGGAGACCAUCUCGGUCUGACUGUCAGAACUUCUACCAGGUACCGCUCACCAGAGACAAGGUUCAUUUUGUGGACUCGCCGGAAGCUCUUCAGAGAUGUCGUAACACUGUGCUGAAGGCGAGUAUUGUAGGAGUUGACAUGGAGUGGCAGCCCACGUUUGGCUGUAUCUCAACUCAGCAGGUUGCCCUGAUACAGCUUGCCGUUUUGGACCAGGUGUUCUUAUUAGACCUUUGUGCAAAUGGGUUCCGCCAAUACCCAGAUACAAUUAUUUUCAUGCAGACCUUGUUCUCGGAAAGAAACAUCCUUAAACUGGGUUAUGGUAUGUCAGGGGAUCUCAAAUGUCUCAUAGCCACCUGGCACCUGGAGCCAUUGAAGAUUGAGGCGAUGCUUGAUCUUCUUAAUGUACACCAAAAGCUCCAGCGCCGAAAGGUCAAUAGGACUCAAAAUGGACCUCAAGAGGUGCUGGUAGGAAAGAACUCUCCAGAGAAAGGCCUCAGUCUGAUGGUACAACAGGUUCUGGGAAGGCCCCUCGACAAGACAGAGCAGAUGUCCAACUGGGAGAAACGGCCACUGCGCAUCAGCCAAAUUAGAUAUGCAGUGGCAGAUGCCUACUGUUUGCUGGAUGUGUACUCUGCGCUCUCCAGCAACCCAGCUUACUUUGGGCUACCAGCUGACCUGCGCAGCAUCUCAUCAAGCCAACCGGAGAAGAGUGCAACCAAGAAACAGACCCAUGGCAAAGAGGAAUGUCAGGGGGCUCAAAGGGUCAGUCCCCCUCGCUCCAACACAGAGAAAGGCCUCCUGUGUGGCGUGAAGCGCUCAGAAGACAGUCCCCCUCUGCCCCCCCAGCAGUUGCGGGUGGUGUGUGACAACAUGCUGCAGGGACUUGGGAGGUACCUGCGCUGUUUAGGUGUUGAUGUGAUCAUCUUGGAGAGCACUGAUGAUCACAGAGUAGCAGCAGAGUUAGCACACGCUGAAGGCCGCUUCAUUCUCACAUCUGGACUCCCGUUCCAAACGUUGCGGUCCCAGGUGGCUGAGGGUCGCUGUCUGUCCCUAGACUGUUCAGAAAAGGCCAGAGACCAGGCUGUGCGAGUCCUCAGGCACUUCAACGUCCAGCUCACUACCAGUGAUAUAUUCAGCCGCUGCCAGGCGUGUAACAGUGACCAGUAUGCAGCGGUGCCCCGAAAGGACAUGGUCAGGAUGCUGAAACAGAGAGGAUUUCUGCAGGGCCAGGACGACAUUGACCACACACAACAGGAAGAGGACAAGCUCGGUCACAUUCUGACCCCUGAAAUCCCCAGGUAUGUUCAGUGUCAAUGGGCCCCCCUUUCAGAGCUGGACCCCGACACCCUGACCUUUCCCGGGGGGGCACCCGUACAGCUCCAUAGCGUGCCCCCUGCCCUCCUGCCGAAGAUACCGCUCUACUAUGUCUGCACCAGAUGUGGCAAGGUGUUCUGGGAAGGCUCUCACUUUGGCCGCGUCCUCUCCAUGUUUCAGGACGUCUUACACAUAACAGACACUGAAGCAGCUGCGGCUGCACAGCAGAACUGACACUUGUCGAGCGACUGCACCUUACCUGACCUCAAAUAUUUCCAUAUUUAGCCUAAAUUUACACUUUAAAAACUGAGUUUUCAUUCAAUCCAAUGACAUAAUUGUUUUCCCUUUUUCUAAUUGAUAAAAGUGUAAUAAAAAGAGGCGUAGAGACUGAAUUCACCUGACAUCACAAGAGAAACACCAACUUCAAAACCUUUUGAAAUAAUUGGAUUUCCUGUUCCCCAUCUGGUUUUAACAUUUGUCAAACCAAAAAGCAGACUCCCAUAUUCUCAACCGUGUUAAAGCUUUUGUGUUUAACGUUAAAGGUUUAAAGCUCAGUGAACCAAAGACGGGUCAAGCUGUGAUCCAGUUGUGUUGGUGAUUGUAUUCGCUGCUCUACCACAUUCAUGGGGGUUUAUGCUUUGGAUUUUAUUGAGAUUGUUUGAAAUAUUACUCAAGGAAUUUCCCUCGCCAAGGAAGCUUAUCAUCAAACUAUCAAGUUUGUUGCUAUUUUAUUUCCUGUUAUUUUAAUGAUUUAAUUUUAAAUUAGCUAGGCUAAGUUCUGUGGCAUUUUUUUAGCAGUCUUUAAUACUGUAUAUUUCUAUUCUGUGUUUUCAUCUGUAUCAUUUUUUAUUAUUUAGCUAAAAGCUGAAUAUGCAGAAAUAAAGUGCUUUUCAUUUUA